AUGAUCUUAAAAGUAUUCCUUCCUUCCUUCCUUCCUUCCUUCCUUCAACUUUAUUUUUCCAUUUCUUUUCUUUCGUUCCUGUCUUUCGGUAAUUCUGUCAGCUUUUCAAAAUUCUAUCUUUUUUUCUUUCCUCUUGUCUGUGAUUUUUUCGAUAUUUCCUGGCGAAUAUUUUUUCUUUUCUUUUCUUCAAAUACUUCCUUCUUAAUUAAGGUUAAUUUUUCAGUUUUUCUUUUUCGAUUUCAUUCAUUCUUCUUUUUUAUCUUUCAUUCAUUCCGUAAUUUUGGGUUAUUUUCUUUCAAAUUUCUUCCUAUUUCUCCUUUCACUCUUUUUCCUUUUUCCUCACUUUCUUUCCUUAUAUUUUGCCUUCAUUUAAUUCCUUGUUCAUUCUGUUGUCUAGCCGUAGGGGCAAUACUUAAAGCGUUUGGAAGAAAAGAAGUAAAAAGGUUAAAAACUAAUAUAUUCUUCUCUCUCUCCCUCCCUCAAUCUCCAUCUCAAUCAUAUACGUCAUUUCUCUCUCUCUCUCUCUCUCUCUUUCUCUCUCUCUUUCUCUCUCUCUCUCUCUCUCGUUGUCUCACUCUCUUUCUUUCUGCUUGUUUGUUCACAUCUCACUUUGAUUUAUUUUUUCUUUCGUUAUUUUUUCUUUCUUUAUUUUUUCUUUCGAUUUUCUUUCAUUAUUUUUUCUUUCGUUUUUUUUUCUUUAGUUAUUUGAUAUUUCGUUAUUUUUUCUUUUGUUUUUUCUUUCUUUAUUUUUUCUUUCGUUUUUUUCUUUAUUUAUUUUUUCUUUCGUUUUUUUCUUUAUUUAUUUUUUCUUUCGUUUUUUCUUUCUCUCAAUUUUGCAGAGUUUUCUCUUUCGGACGUCUUUUUGUUUGUAGAUUUAAACAGGUACCCAGUAACAUCAACAAAAAAAUUCUAACUUAA